AUGAGUCAAGAAAAGGAGCCUUUAAAUGAAAACAAAAACCAUCACUGACUAAUUGGCUAUGCAAUCACAGUUAACUCAGUCGUCGGCGCUGGAGUUUUAGGGAUACCAUGAGGAUAUCAAAAAACUGGAUGGACUCUGGGCAUUUUUUCCCAAGUUUUUGCCACAUCCCUAAGCUUUCUUUUAUUAUAUCUCCUCUUACAAUCAUUCAGCAGAAUGGAAGUAUUGUCAAAUCUGGCUGAAAAAGGAUACAAAAUAAAGCCAAUGUCCAUAUCAGAUUUACUAAAGCCAAUUCGUAAAGAAGAUUACAUCAUUAAACAAGACCAAGGUGAAGAAGCUGAGUCAUUAAUAGCUGAAUCUAAUUUAGAUCCUGAAAUAGGAAAUAGAAGAUAUGAUAUGUGCGAAAUGGCCCAUAUUUUAUUAGGAAAAGCACAUGGCCAAAUUUUGAUGAUUAUGUUUGUCAUUGCAAGCUCUGCAUCUUUAAUAGGCUACUGCACAAUUUUUUCAUCAUCUUUAGCUUCAAUUAUCCCUAUUAUAGGGUCUGGAACUUGUAACAUUUAUGAUGAUCCAGAGUUUGGGGAGUCCUGUAGGUUCCAUUAUUGGAUUUAUUUGGCUAUUUAUGCAUCUAUUGUAAUCCCACUCGCUAUUGUGGGGUUAACUGAGCAAACUUUUUUUCAAAUAGUGUCUUUUAUAGUAAGAAUUGUUGUAAUGACCACAAUGAUCGUUACUUCUCUAUAUUCAAUUUUUUCUGAUACUGAACUUGAUGAUAAUGGAUCAAUAAAUUCAGAUGCAACUGUAUUUAAGCCAUUAAAUUUAGGGCUUUGCUUGCCUAUUGUGUAUAUGGCGACCUUUUUUAAAAGUACAAUAUCAACGACUACACAGUAUGUAGAAGACAAAGCACAAAACAUACAAAAAAUUUGUCUUUUUGCAUUAUUUUCAAUGAGCUUUUUUUUCCUUUUAUUAGGCUUAAUUGUCCCAUUUGCUACAGAUGAAGUAGAAAAGAUGGUAACAUUGAACUGGAGAGACUAUUCAGCAGGAGAUGAUAGUGAUGGUAGAUCAUGAUGGACUUAUUUUAUAGCUUAUUUAAUUGUUAUUCUCCCUGCUGUUGAUGUCCUUUCUGCAUUUCCAAUUAUCGCUAUUAAUUUGGCUGAUAAUAUUAUGUCCUUAACUUAUGGAAAUUUUGGUGAAAAAGAGAUUCCAGAAUGGACUAUGACUUAUUAUAGACUUGCUAUAACAGUGCCACCUGUUUUAAUAGCAAUUGUUGUGUAUGAUUUAAGCUUUGUGUCAGAUAUUAGUGGGUCUCUUUGUUUGUUAGGAGGAGGGAUAUACAUACCAUUAUUUGCUAUGGUAACCAAAAGGUUAGUAGAUAAGCCAAGUAGCUAUGAUAUUUUUUUCUUUUCAGAUAGGUGGGCAUGGGCAGGAUUAGUGAUAUCUAUAGUUGCUUUUAUAGCUAUUUGGGUGUUGAUUCUUAUAUAUUUUAUUUCAUAA